ACAUACUGUUUUAAGCAAUUCUUAUAACGAUGGCUAAAUAUUUGAACACUAUAGCGUACAUGGGUUUUUUAGUUCUUAUGAGUGUCGGCAUGAAAACAGUUAUUGGACAGGUGACUGGUCAGGCGACCGGGCCGCUCUCGGUAGCAGACAUUAUGGCGUUGCGGCAUAAAUCCAGGUUUUCGUUAACUAUGGAUUGUACGGAAGAUCCCUAUAACGAAACUGCAGUUCCGAGGUGCACUGCCGAGUACCCAGAUCCCUGCAAAGAAACCUGGGACUUCAAAAAUCCUUGCACCACGGGGAAUGACCCUAACAGACUGACCUACUUUCAACACCCAUACAACCCGAAAAAGUUCCUAAUGUGCGAUGAACUCGGAAAGGUUUACGUUGUCCAGUGUUUAAACUGUGACGAAAUAGAGAAGAUGACCCGCACCUACAGCAUACAAACCACGUGGGACGGGCAACCCAUCACCCACGACCCCAUCAGCAUCACCGUAGGGCCAUUUGACCCCACAGGUCACCUGGUGUUGACCGCUUCCGGUCCAUAUUUCAACGACCCAGGGAGGCCUCCGAAUUCCACUGUCGGUGAAACUUAUUCGGGCCUUUGGGACUAUGAAGUUGCUGAAGCUUUCUUCCUCAAUGACCAAAACCAGUAUUUGGAGGUGGAACUUUCGCCGAAUGGUAUGCAUCUUUUACUGCUCUUAAAAGGACAAAGAGACAUGUUUAAGGACCAACUGCCUAUAAACUACCAUGCAUCGAUCACGGGGAACACGUGGCGAGGCGUAGCUCAUAUUCCCCUCGAAUAUUUCCCGCCAAAAGUCUCCAAGUUUAACGCGUACGCCAUACACGGCUCAGGAAACGGACGGACGUACGAAUCCUUGUAUCCAGUACCUACCGGGAAAUACACGGACCCAGAUUUUCACAAGCUGAACUACUUCCAGCCGAUUGACUUCCAACAAAUAGUCCCUGACAACUGGAGCCCCAACUACACAUCGCCGGAGUGGGAUCCGAUCAUAGUAUUGGGAUAAACACUUUGGGUGUUUGAGUAUUUUAACUGUAUUAAAUACUAGUACCAAAUCAAAUGGGUAUUUUAUUGAGUACUUUACAUGUAGUAAUUAUAUUAAAUACUCAGACGUCA